UGGUGACUCGUGACUCUUCACCAAUCACGGCGGAAUCCGUCAAGCCCACGCUUUGCAGGGUUGUCAUCUACCUACAGAAGGAGAUGUCGGGGGACACAUGUCUAACCACCACCCUUUGUCCACCUGCAGGGCCCAAGCCCAAAACUUGCAGCUUCAAAGGGGGCAGCCUUGGUAACAAAUAUGUGCGACUAAAUGUCGGGGGCUCUUUAUAUUACACUACAGUACAAGUACUGACCAGGCACGACACAAUGCUUAAGGCCAUGUUCAGCGGCAGAAUGGAAGUGCUCACAGACAAGGAAGGCUGGAUCCUUAUAGACCGUUGCGGGAAGCACUUCGGAACAAUUUUAAACUAUCUCCGAGAUGACACAAUUGCACUUCCAAAACACAGACAGGAGAUCAAAGAGUUGAUGGCAGAAGCCAAAUAUUAUCUCAUUCAGGGCCUAGUGGACAUGUGCCAAGCAGCCCUGCAGGACAAGAAAGACUUGUAUGAACCUGUCUGUAGCAUCCCUAUUAUCACAUCUCCAAAAGAAGAAGAGAGACUGAUAGAAUCAUCAAUGAAACCUGUUGUUAAGCUGCUUUAUAAUAGAAGCAACAACAAAUACUCCUACACCAGUAACUCAGAUGACAACUUACUGAAGAACAUAGAACUGUUUGACAAACUCUCUCUCCGAUUCAACGGCAGAGUUCUUUUCAUUAAGGAUGUUAUAGGGGAUGAAAUCUGCUGCUGGUCUUUCUAUGGACAGGGUCGGAAACUUGCUGAAGUCUGUUGUACCUCUAUAGUGUAUGCCACAGAGAAGAAGCAAACCAAGGUUGAAUUCCCUGAGGCACGAAUUUAUGAGGAAACACUAAAUGUCUUACUAUAUGAAACGCCACGGGUUCCUGAUAACUCUCUGCUGGAAGCAACAAGCAGGAGCCGAAGCCAGGCAUCUCACAGCGAGGAUGAUGAGGGUUUUGAACUUCGUGACCGAGUGCGCCGAAUCCACGUGAAGAGAUACAGCACCUAUGAUGACCGUCAGCUUGGCCACUAGCAUAUGAGUCAAGGAGAAAGGGUUUGGUGUCAAGGCUUGUAUUGAUAUUCUUUGAGGGAGAUCACGAAGUAGGGAGGGAUCAGUUGGACUCUGUGGAUCAAUCUUCAUUUGGCUCUUUGGCUCCCUAGAGAAGCAAAUGGGCAUUUGUGCACAUAAAGCAACAGUGAAGGCCAAGGGCUUUGAGAACUAAGAUGUUAAUUUUGCACCAUGUGCUUUAAAUACAGACUGGCCCCCUUUUUCAUGCCACACGAGGAAUGGAAUUUGGAACACUGAUUAUGACAGUUUGUGGUUGCUUUUUCAUAUCUCAUGACUUGCCAGCUUUCUUACUUCCUGUGAGAAGUACUGCUUUUCCUGAAUGAUGUGGCGUGAUUUGAAAAUCUUUUUCCAGAUAUCUGCCCUUUCAGGGUUUUGUAUAAUGGAACUUCCAGUUUUUAAAUCAAGAUACUGAAGAGGAGGUGGAGAGAACUUGAACAUGACUACUCUUAGCAAACACUACAUCUGAUAACCCCCAGAAGAAGUGGUUAGCUAUCCAAUAGUCACGUGCACUGCAUGUGUGACUUCCCCCACCUCUUUCCCCCAGUACACAUACAAAAGUUUAUGUUCCAAGAUAGCUGUCUUUAAAACUCAUUAAUUCUAAGGCAAGCUCUUCCAAAGAGGUAAGAAGUCAUCAAAAAACCUCCCCUUGUGAAAAAUGAGAAAACUUUGAAAAUUUAAAUAUAUAUGUAAUGAUUUGUUUUGGGAGAUGGAGAAAUGGGUAUGGUGAAGGAAGGAACUUCCUCCAGUAAGAAAACUUCUGGAAUAGAUUGUGGCAGGGUCGCCAUUGUUUAGGCUUGUGAUGCUGUAAUCCUGUUUCUAUAAACAAUGGCAAUCUGGGGAAUUAGUUUUACAUUAGUUUUCCUCCUGUGGCCCAAAAGUGCUAUUUGAUGUUAAAUUUCUCAGGCAGCAGGAGAAAAAUUGCAGUGACUGGGGAAGUACAGACUAAACAACAUUUUAUAAUGCUAGAUAAUGUUCACAUACUGAAGGCUGAAUUCGUUUCAUGUUCUGAAUCUCUUUUAGAGCAUAGAAGUUGAAGUGGGAAGAGAAGAAUAGUCAUAAAAAUCUUGUUCUAGCAUGAAACUGCAAGAGGCUUUGGUCACAGGAGAAAGGUAGCUUAUACUGAAUUUUAAACUGAAAUAAUCACUUGUAUUCUGAGUGCUUGGCUGGGUGCUAAUUGUAACGGGCCUUUCAGAAGGUUGGAGUCAAGGCUGCUCUGCAAAUUGGGUGUCUGGAAACAGUUUCAAGUUCAGUAUGAAAAGUUGUUAAUGUAUUUUUAAAUGUUUGCUUGUAUGUUUCAGCUGUAGGUUACAGAUUCAAAUUUUACCACUGUCAUAAACGGUUAUUACUUGAUGGCUGUUCAUUGGCAGCUAUGGAUGUGAGACAGCAGUGGAGCAUGCUCCACAACUGCUUUUAUGUUCCCGUAUUGUACACGAACAUGGAAGCUUCAGAUUCCAUGACAGUUAGUCUUGAACUGCUUUGACCAGUGCGAAAUUUACCUAUAAGUUUUAAAGCAAAUACUGCAAAAGCCUGACAAGAAAAUAAUCACAAAUGAGUACAGUGAAGUCAUAAGAUGGUAGAUGGUUGGGUAGUAAUAGAAGCGGGGGAGGGAACGAAAAAAUUAUUUCCAUUUGAUGAGGCUUUUGAAAAUGAAAUUGUUGAGGCUUGGUAAGAAAACACUAAUGGCUGCAAACUUUCGGGAUUUUACUGCCUAGCCAGACCUCUACAUGUGGCAGGCAUUUACUUAAUUCUCCUCACAUUCAGGAAGUAUCAUUGCCACAGUAACGCACCUGCCUCUUUGUGAAAGGCCUCUCUAAAACUCUAAUAACCUCUUUUCUCUUUAUAUUGCUUUCUGUAAGUUGUUGUUUUCCAGCUGGUUUUUCUAUUGUGCCAGUGAAAAUACAGCUGCUGAGAUUAGUUUUGACAAAGACUUUCGUGGUUUUUUCUUUAAUUCUGCUAGAGUGUGAUGUGGAUUUUUUUUUUUAUUUUUUCCCCUCCACUGAUACAAUUUAAAUUACACUGUGGUGGGUGCUUUGAAGCUACCAGCAGAGCCUGUAGUGAUAGGGUCUUUGUGCUGUACUUAAUAGGUUCAAUUUAUUCUCUUGUACUUUUUUUCAUCUUGUAACAAAUAAGACUGCCAUUUAAAAUUCGUAUGUGGCACUUUUGUUUCUUGGCAAACGAUUUAUAUUAUUUUUUUCUUGUUACUAUCAUAGUGAAAUGUCAACAGAUUAAGUAAGUGAUGCUGGUAGCCUUGCAAAAUUGUGUUUAAAAGAAGUUCUAAGCAGAAAAAUGUCAUCUUUGCAUUUCUUUUCCCUGGGGAGUAUGGGUAUGGGAAGGAGCGUGUGAAAGAAUGUCAGAUCUUUGUGCUAGUCCAGAGGCUUUCUUUCUGUGGUUGGAUUCUGUACUCCCAGGAUUCAUAUUGUAAAUUACUACGCUACAAGAAGCAGAGAAAAGGUUGUGUUUUGGUUUAGUUGUUUUUCUUUUCCCUGUGUCCCAUAGCCAAUAAGUAGUAUUAAUUUCUGAUUUGAAUUUAGAUUAAAUUAAUCUUGGAAACAAACUGCUUUGAGAACGAUCUGGGUUGUGAGAAUCUUAAAAAGUGCAAAAUAACUCCUUGGUAUUUGUGGAAUGUGGAGUAUCAGUAAGAACUGUAAGCAGUUAUGAAUGUUUUUUAAAUAUGUACAGAUAGCCUUUUCAUUUCACCUUCUUCUCUCAUCCCCAUUGAUGCUCCCUUCUCUACCCCCUUUUAGUACUGAUCACAAAAUACCUGCUUUUAGAUUAAGAUAUGACUAGAACUGGAACGAUGUUUGGCUACUGUGGACAGAACACUCAGUCUGUAAGCUUUACUCAGAGUAAUAAUCUAAUUGCAUAAACACUAAAGUUUUGUCUAUUCAAAAGAUGUUUCAAGACCAUGGUCUUGGUGUUCUUUGUCCUGGUAAGAUUUUCAGGAUGUGGCUGAGAGAUCACAGUUAAAUACCUGUGGUUGGUUUGACUAGCAGUUCUGUAGUUCCCUCCACUGGUGGACAGAUCAGAAUGGGAGAACAUCAGGAAAUCCUCUGUGUAGGUGUGUUCUGGGAUGUGUGCUAUUUGGACAUGCACAAGGCUAAAAUGAUUGUAGUAUUAGAGAUCCCCUCCCUAGGAAGGGCUGCUAUACUCAGGUUUCUGAUAAAAUCUGGAAUGCCCCGAGUUAUUUCUUACCUGAGUGCUUACGUAAUUGGAUAAUUUACAUGAAGUCUCAGUUGGUCUAAAUGCGGACAUGGAUGCAGCCAUUACUUUCACAGUUCAUGGGUUGAACAUUUUUCUAAUACAAGUGACAGAACACUGUAUUUUCUCUUAAGAGUCUGCUUAUCUGGAACUGCUCCAAUACAGGAUGUUAACUGAAUGUCCUUUCCACCAAAAUCAUGGCAUGUUGAUUUACACAGUCUCAGUACUACCAGGUUCUGAUAAUUUCGAAUACUGUAGUUUUGAUGUAACACAUGCUUUGUAUUUUCCUCUUAAUUAUCCUCUACUUAAUUAAAGGCUAUAAAUUGUUUUGACAAGAAUAUUCUAGACAUUCUAGAACAUAUUUUUACAACCUGGUAUAAUGGAGAAAAAGCACUGAAAAGGAUAAUGCAGUUUUGAACUGCAGCAUUCACUUAUUUCUAGUAAGCUGUCCACUUCUAGAGAGAUCGAACAGCUGUGCUUCCUGAGACUCUUCUCUGCUGGCUUUAAAUAUCACAACUUAUGAUCCCUAUUAAGACAAUAUAGAUUUCUAAUUAUAUGCAUUUGUCUGCAAGUUAAGAGACUUGUAAUCGUUUCCUACGUAGACCAUCACCAAUGGAUGUGUUCACUGAUGUGCCUGUGAAUUUAUAGUAGCCUUUAGGAGGAAGAAAUGCCUUUCUGCCUCAUUUGUAAUGUAUGAAUUCUAAUUACAUCAGCUAGCGUUCAUUAGCUGCUGGAGCUCUUUUUGAAACCUUACUGUCCUCUUCACUCCUAAAUUUACACGAACUUCUGCGCAUUCAAAUAUUUUAUUAGCAGACUGAGAGAAUGAAUGGAAAACAUUAACUGACAUGUAUACACAAGUACUGUAAUAAAGGGUUGCAUGUUUCUGUAAUGGGGUCCUCACGUACUGCAAAACAGCCUCAGCCUUUCUACAGAGGAGACUUGGUGCCUUGAGUGAAUGUCGUAUGUUAAACAGCUUUUCAGUAUCAGUGUUAAUUAGGCAAUAACGUCAAAAGAGAGAGCUCUGCAGGGUAGCAGCCUCCAACUGCUUGAUAAAUGCCGAGAUAAAACUAAAUGUUUAACCUUCACCUUGACAUUUAGUUUUUGGAACAGGAGACAUUUAUCCUAUUGUAACGUUCCAUUCCACUGACUUUUUCUCUCUUGCACUUCUUGAUUAAAAUAUAAAAUAACUGACUGAGGCUGGGAGGGCAUUGGAGGGACCGAUACUAUAGUGUUAUUGAAAAGCUGCAUUCUGCUUGGAACAGGCAAUGCUUAUUGUGGUUUUGAUUAGAUUUUUUUUUUCUUGAGGUUUUUUGAUUUUCAGACACGAUUCACUCGUAGAAAUACUGAUGAAGUAUACCUUAACUGAAUGUGUCUGGCCCAGAAGUCCUUGUUUUACACAAUUAGAUUAUAUUCUCUGACAAUCCUUGGCAUUAAAUCUUUACAGCCAAAUUUCACACCAUCCAUUCUGUUAGGAGAACUGAGGUUUUAUUAAGAGAUGAGUGGGCAUGAGCCCUGUUUCCAGUGUUGCCACUAACUCAAUGAUAUGCAGCAAGUCAGUUUUUCUGUAUGUGCAUGAUUUUUCCUCAUCGAUAAUAAAAUGGUGGUAAGACUCUCCCUAUUUUGGAGGGAUGUUGAAGCUUAAUUUGUUUAAUAAUAGUAAAGGACUUUGGAUUUCCAUAGUAUUUUGUAUCCAGAGGAUAGCAAAUAUGAUUGCUGAUCUUGUUUAAACUGCUAUUCUGUGAUCAAGCUGUUUUCUUAUAGCAUCAAGCUUUGCUUUAUUUUUAUGUCUAACUUCUAAGGGUCAGCCUUAUUGAUAAAAUACUUAGUUAAUGCAGUAAUGAUAUUAGCUAUUGAUUAAAGUGUUUUCUCUUUUAUCAGUGCAUUAAAUGGAAGUGGAACACUAAUUUUUAAUAAAGUGUUAUAUUUUGUCUUCUGC